AUGACAUGUGAAGAAGAAUUUAACAUUGCUGCAAACAUAAUGAUACCAGUAGAAAAUCCUGAGAGUUCUCAAAAUAUGGCCAACAUCCAAAAUGAUGAGAAGAUGGCUCACAUGGCGCAAGAGCUUGAGAUUUUGAGAGAGGAACUACGUCAAGUGCGAGACUUGACCAAGCUUUCGGCUACUACCUUCCCGACUUUCAAGAUGCCCAGCUACUUCCCUAGAGCUGACUUGCCUCCUGCAAAUUCUCCAAACAUGCCUAAACGUGCUCCCAUUCAUGGUCAAGCACCAUUAGCUCAUCCUUCUGCAAUCAGGACUGCUCCUGACCUUCCCACUCAUGACCCCGUCACACCUACCUACCCAGUGACAAACCAGAUAUUUGGAGCACCCACCGUCGCUCCUUAUGAUUCACAGAUCCCACCUGUAUAUGCUGUUGAGGCCCCUACUUUCACGACACCGGUUAGGGUCAAAGUCCCGUAUGAGGUUAACCAAUAUGCAGAAAUGGAGAAGGAUGCUCGAUUGAAAGAAGAUAAGUCAAUAGACGCUCAACUUCGAGGUCUAAGAAAGGCGUUGAAAAACCUACAAGUCACUAGGCGAACAGAGAGCUUAGAUUAUGAUGACUUAUGCAUCCACCCAGAUAUUGACAUGCCGGUAGGAUACAAGCCCCCAAAGUUUGACAUAUUUGAUGGAAAGAGCGAUCCUCACGCACAUCUGAGGGUAUAUUGUGACAAGUUAGUCGGUGUAGGGAGAAAUGAGAAGCUGAGAAUGAAGUUGUUCAUUCGAAGUCUAUCGGGAGAAGCGUUGACUUGGUAUACACGCCAGGAUCCUCGCAAAUGGUAUAACUGGCAGGAAAUGGCUGAGGAUUUCAUGAAUCGUUUUAGAUUUAAUACCGAAAUCACUGCGGACAGGUUCUCAUUAGCCAACAUACAGAAGAAACCGUCGGAGGAUUUCCAGGAGUAUGCACGACGUUGGAGAACCGAGGCUGCAAGGGUUCAACCACCACUGGAUGAGAGUGAGAUCUCAAAAUACUUUAUUCGAGCCCAAGAAGGUAUCUACUUUGACAAGAUGAUGUCAAUGAUGGGCCAAAAGUUUGCAGAAUUGGUCAAGAUGGGGGAUUUUAUAGAGGAAGGCAUCAAAUCGGGUAAAAUUCAGUCCAUGGCCGCAUUGCAAGCUGCAAGUAAGGCCAUACAAUCAGGCUCCAUUGGUGGCAUCAAGAAGAAAAAAGAGGAUGUUUCAGUCGUCAAUUACCAACAUGGAGGACAGUCCUACCAAUACCCCAACAAUCCCCAAAUUGUUGCACAUACUCUAUACACCUCGUACCUAGUAUAUAAUACCCGACCACACUAUAAUCCACCCCGAGCACCAACAUACCAAAGUCCAACAAGACCACGUGUCCCAUUCCAAGCACCAACCCACCAAAAUAGACCAGCAUAUAUGCCAAGACCACGUCCAAAUCUCGAAGCCAGAAAUACUCGCACCUACACACCCAUUGCCGAACCUUAUGCUCAAUUGUUUGAAAGGUUGAGGAUAGCAGGAGUGCUACAACCAGUUGAGGGAAAACUCCCCGACCCAAUCCCUUACAAUUUUGAUGGAAACAAGCGAUACGCUUACCACUCGGGAAUCCAAGGGCAUGACACAGAAGAUUGUUAUGGCUUGAAAAACCAGGUUGAGACUUUGAUCAGAAGAGGAAUAAUAAAAUACACUCCAACACCUCCGAACGUGAACAACAACCCUUUACCAAAUCAUGAGAAUCGAGAAGUCAACAUGAUUUCUCUAGAGGAAGAAUACAACUUGGGAGAAACCAUCGCGCCUGUCUGGAACGCUGAAGAAGUUGUCACUGCAUCUCCAGUGCGACCUGUUGUCACUGUUCAACUAAAGGAACCUCUUACUGUCCAAACAUAUAUCCCGAGGGUUGUGGUAACCACUACAGUUGCUAGAAAGGCUGAUUUUGACACCAAAGGAGUCCCAUGGGAUUACAAAACAGAAGCUAAGGGCAAGAUGAUUGAUGCCGCUGUGGCUCAGGGGAUGACUAGAUCAGGAAGGUGCUAUACUCCCGAGAAUCUAAAUCAAGGAGUUAUUGGGAAGGAGCCAAAUCCCAAGAAGAAUGUUACGGAUGCUAAAGUCACAGAAUUUUGGAGAAAGAUGCAGCCAAAAGACUAUUCAGUCGAGGAGCAACUGAAGAAGACAUCGGCUCAUAUAUCCAUAAUGUCUUUGCUAAUGAGUUCUGAGGCUCAUAGGAAUGCUUUGAUGAAGGUGUUAAAUGGGGUUUGCAUUCCAAAAGAGACCGCAAGUGAAACCUUAGCUGCAACAAUUGGACAAGUGUUGGAAUCUAACAAAAUCUCUUUCCAUGAUAAUGAGCUACCUACAGAAGGGACUGGACACAACAAAGCACUUUAUAUCGCGGUCAAAUGUCGUGAUAAGAUUGUGACCCGAGUUCUGAUUGAUGGCGGUUCUGGAUGUAACAUCUGCCCUUUCACAACUCUGAGAGUUUUAGGCUUGAAUAUGGGAGAUAUAGAGGAAAGUCGUGUAAAGGUGAGAGCUUUUGAUGGAGCAUAG